GUCAUCUGCGCGUACGUUUCUUUUCUUUAUGUAAUGUCGAUAGAGGGAAGCGGGGUUAUAUAUAUACCGGAGAGUUGGUCGUAAUUUACCACAGCGCAGCAGACAUGGGGUCGCUCUGCAUCCUUAGGUUUAUAGUCUUCGCCUUUGCUCUAAGCGCAUGCGCGGCGCAGGAAGUGGGCUACGAGAACCCAGCUUGCAAUGGGAGGACCGUCAUAGUUCACCUCUUCGAGUGGAGAUGGACGGACAUCGCUCUGGAAUGCGAGAGGUUUCUAGCGGCAGCUGAAUUCUGCGGUGUGCAGGUUUCGCCUCCGAACGAGCAUGCCAUGAUCACCACAGACUACCCGUACCCCUGGUGGCAGAGGUACCAACCCGUCUCCUACAAACUGCAGUCGAGGUCCGGCACUGAAGAGGAGUUCGUCGAUAUGGUCCACAGGUGUAAUGCUGUGGGUGUAAGAAUAUUCGUGGAUGCCGUCGUCAACCACAUGGCAGGAGUAGGUCGACAGGGCAAAGGGUCAGCUGGCAGCAGUUUCAAUUCUGAUAACCGUGACUUCCCUGGAGUGCCCUACACAGCCGAACACUUUACCCCGAGAGACAUUUGUCCUUCGGGUAGUGGCAGUGUUGAUAACUAUGGAGACCCUUAUAACGUCCGUAAUUGCAACCUUGUCGGCCUGACGGACUUGUACGGGGCUACGGACUACGUACGUAAGGCGGUCUCUGGCUAUUUCAGCAAGCUGGUGGAUAUUGGUGUCGCCGGUUUUAGGGUUGAUGCUGCUAAACACAUGUGGCCGGAGGAUCUAAAAGCCAUGAUGGAUAUGACCCACGACCUUAACACGGAACAAGGCUUCCCUGCAGGAACCAGACCAUUUUUCGCCCAUGAGGUCAUCGACCGUAAUGAUGGAGCUGUCACUGUUCAGCAAUACUACGGACUGGGUCGUAUAACCGAGUUCAGAUACUGCCAGAAAAUUGCUUGGGGCAUCCAGGACCCAUCGCAGCUGGCCGGUAUUUAUGACCCUGGGUGGUUCAUGGCAGAUCCAGACAAGGCGUUUGUUUUCGUGGAUAACCACGACAAUCAGCGUGGACACGGCGGUGCUGGCGACACUUUAACUCACAAAUGGCCCCACGAUUACCGCCUUGGAGUGGCCUUCACUCUGGCUCAGCCUUAUGGUUUCACCCGAAUCAUGUCCUCCUAUUACUUCGGCGAUGACUCAGAUGCUGGCCCUCCACACAACAGUGAUUACAGCACAACCAACGUGGUCAUCAAUAGCGACAACCAGUGUGAAGGCGGAUGGGUUUGUGAGCACCGCUGGGAAUCCAUCUUCAAAAUGGUCCGUUUCCGAAACGCCGUCCCUGCCUCCUCCUGGUGGGAGAACUACUACUGCGAUGGGAAUGUCGUGGCUUUCUCCAGAGGCGACAAGGGUUUCUUUGCCAUGGUCAAGUAUGGCACAGUGUCACAGCAAACCUUCCAAACUAACAUGCCACAAGGUACCUACGAAGACAUCGUGUCGUGCCAGUCGGUCACCGUGAACGGGGAUGGAACGGUGGAGAUAUCCAUCACCAACGAGGACGAACCUGUCUUCGCCAUCUGCGUUGGAUGUGAUUGUUCUGAGCCGCCUAUUGUCACAGCCACUCCUGGACCUGAUCACACUACGGAACCCACAACGUUCAGCUCCACCACCGAGGGACCAACAGUUCCCCCGAUCGUAGAUGGUAUCCACAGAACUGUCAUCUUUAUGCACAAGCAGACUAUUGAUGGCCAGGACCUCUUCGUUCGAGGUGGAAUAGGCGAGAAUCAGCGCCCUGGCUGCACCGACGACGUCUCCACGGACCCUUGCGCCAUCGAUAUGGAAACGAACUCUUUGGGCGAGACUGACCAUUACAGCAAGUACAAUUCCUGGCGUGUUGGAGACAACAGGCUAGACUGGCUAGGAGGAGAGCCAGGUCAAGGCACUUACCAAGGCCAAGCUGCUGUUGGUUCUCCACUGGCAUGGACAUCCAACCAGCCCGGAAACCCCGGCUACCAAGAACUGAACCAGUGGGGGGAGCACUACUGGAUGAUAGACACGGACAUGAACUGCACGCAGACGGAGAAUGGCUGGUUUGAAUUAAAGGCCUUCUUGACGAACGAUGGCUCCGGUUGGGAGGGAGAUGUAAGCCAGAAUAGUAAAUGUUCGGGCUCUGCAGGAGGGUCGACCCCUUACACCAGCAUUAACCACCUUGGUAGGUGUGGUUUCGUCAACGUUUUCACCUUUAACUCUCCUGACUGUAUGAUUAACAAAUUCCCCGAUAACCAAUGGUGAUUAAACGCUUUUAAAAAAUA